GUGAACGCGCUUCUCCAUGCGGUUUGAAUAAAGGAAGAAAAAACAGGGGGAAUAAAAUCAGCUGAUGAUGAAAAAACAUGAAGGUGUUUCUGCGGCGCCGGGCAAAGACCAGUUCGAUUCCCUCAUCUGAACCCGGUCCAGGUGUCCGGGGGUUCCGGGAUUCCACUCCGCUCCUGCGUCCUUUGUCAGCCGGUUCCCGCACGCAGAGACCCGGGUGGGUUCGUGGGCUUUAUCUCUGAAUGAAGCGGCUCUACCGGGGACAGACUGCGUGCUUUUGAGGCACUGACGACCCGGGACUGUUCUUGUCUAAUAUUUCCGGGUUUGUGCAGAAGCUGCGCGGUCUGGGUUUUAAUUCCCGCAGGGUUUGUGUCCCCUUUUGUCUGGAGGCAGCAGAAGCGGCUGAUGAAGUCACACGGAGCAGGUUUUCAAUCACCGAUGCGAUCAGCCCGUUAAUCGUCAUCUCUCAUCGAUUUUAUGGGGAUUAUUCCACCAUUGCAUCGUGGAUUAUUGGAUUGACAUUUUUUUUUAUUAUUCAUCAUUAUCAUUAGACCCUCGCGUGGUUCCACCGGUCUUUUGUUCAGAAUAGAUCUUUCAGGACCUCUGAUAGACCCGGUCCCGGUCCCGUCCCGGAGUGUCCCGGGUUGAGGAGCACCAUGCCGGAGUGCGUGUCCGUGUCCGAGUUCCUGCAGGAGGUUCAGGAGGACUGGAGCUCCCCCACCACCUCCUCCUUCACCUCCAAGAUGAUCAGCUGCAGGAACACCGUCUACCUGCUGGAGGAGGUUCUGGACAGCGAUCGGUUGGUGUUGCAGAAGAUGAAGAAAGCUGCUAAAGCCAAAUACGCAUCAGGACAAGACCACGUGUCCCACCUGGAGCAGUACAUCAAUUCCAUGGAGAAGCUGUCGGUCAACUGUCACUCCAACGGGGAGACGGAGGUCGGCUCCGCCUUCUGCCGACUCGCCGACUUCUCCAAAGACCUCCUCUCGCCCAUGAAGAACCUGUUGAAGAGCAUGCUCCACAACAUCAACUUCUUCCUGGACUCUGUGGUCAAAGGAGACCUGAGGGAGGUGAAGGGGGAUCUGAAGAAGCCCUUCGACAAAGCGUGGAGGGACUACGAGAGCAGAUUUAAGCAGGUGGAGAAGGAGAAGAGGGAGCUGGCUCGUCAGUAUGGGAUGGUGAGGAAUGAGGUCAGCGGAGGAGAGAUCGCAGAGGAGCUGGAGAAGGAGAGGCGCUCCUUCCAACUGAGCAUGUGUGAGUAUCUGAUUAAGGUCAACGAGAUAAAGACCAAGAGGGGAGUGGACCUCCUGCAGAACCUCAUCAAACACUACCACAGCCACAACAAUUUCCUGCAGGAGUGUGUGUCCACCACCCAGCAGUUGAAGCAGUACAUGGAGGAGCUGGAUGGAGUUCUGAACACGGUGAAGCAGCGGCAGGAGGAGGAGAAGAAGAAGCUGGUGACUCUCAGAGACCAGCUGAGGCCGGUCGUCCUCACCGAGCAGGACUCGCUGCCUAAGCAGGUGUACAGUAUGCAUCAGCUGCUGGGAGACAAGCAGUACGGGACGGAGAGGAGCGGCUUCCUCUACAAGAAGAGUGACGGGUUGAGGAAAAUGUGGCAGAAGAGGAAAUGUUCGGUGCACAACUGUUACCUGACGAUCGCACACGCCACUCCCAAUAAACCUCCCACCAGACUCAACCUGCUCACCUGUCAGGUUAAACCCAGCGUGGAGGACAAGAAAUGCUUCGACCUCAUCUCUCAUAAUCGGACCUACCACUUCCUGGCAGAGGACGAGGCCGAGUGUGUGGCCUGGAUCUCGGUGCUCAGCAACAGCAAGCAGGAGGCCCUCAGCGUGGCUCUGGACGGAGGGCGGGAAGCGGGCGGAGGCUGCGAGAGCAGCGUGGAGGACCUGACCCGGGCCAUCACUGAUGACAUCAGGCGGUUGCCGGGAAACAGCAGCUGCUGUGACUGCGGAGCUCCAGAUCCUGGAUGGCUCUCAACCAACCUCGGCAUCCUGACCUGUAUCGAGUGCUCAGGGAUCCACAGGGAGAUGGGAGUCCACGUCUCCAGGAUCCAGUCCCUCAGUCUGGACAGUCUGGGGACCUCGGACCUGCUGUUGGCCAGAAAUGUUGGUAACUCUGGUUUUAAUGAAAUACUGGAGGCGAACCUGCUGAGUCCAUCAAUGAAGCCCUCCCAACACAGCCACAUGGGGGAGCGUAAAGACUUUAUCCUCUCAAAGUACCAGGACGUUCACUUUGUGAGGCGGAGCCACAGAUCCGCGUCGGCGCUGCGACUCGGCCUCCAGGAGGCGACCAAGAGCUGCGACAUCUACAGCCUGAUUCACCUGUACGCUCAGAGGGCGGAGCUGAGCCAGCAGCUGCACACGCACAUACAGGAGAGAGGGGAGACGGCGCUCCACCUCGCCGUCCUACUGGCCGACAGGACGUCGCUGCACAUCCUGGACUUUUUGGCUCAGAACUGCUCCGACGUGGACGCGCAGACGUCGUCGGGAAACACGGCGCUGCACUACAGCUGUCUGCACAACAAGAGCGACUGCGUGAGGCUGCUGCUGAGGGCCAGGGCCAACACACACAUGAAGAACGAGUUGGGGGAGACCGCUCUGGACGUGAGCCGCAGGUUGAAGCACUACCAGUGUGAGGCGCUGCUGCAGAAAGCCCAGUCCAACCAGUUCGACCAUCACGUCCACGUGGAGUACGAGUGGAGGCUCCGUCACGACGACCUCUACGACAGCGACGAUGACUUCGAGGAGAAGAACGGUCCAGUGAAGAAGGAGCGCUCCAUCUCCUCCUCUUCCUUCACCUCCUCCUUCUCCUUCACCUCCCGGGCCUUUAGCUUCAGUCAGCCCGCCUCCUCCUCCUCCUCCUCUGUCGCCCCUCCCUCGUCUGGAGGCCCCGGAGGGGGCGGAGGUGGAGGUGGAGGUGGUGGAGGAGGCCUGCUCAGUGUCGGGAGGAGGCUCGCCAUGGCCAUGGAGCUCCACAGCCGGCCUACGGGCUGCGCCUCCAGCCCCCCUCCCCCUCCUCCGUCCUCACCUGCGCCUCCGCUGCCCCCCAGGGUCAAAGCUCCCAACGUCCCUCCCCCGCCGCCUCCCGCCGCGGGGGAAGGGUUUGGUGAGGAAGAGGUCGAAGAGGAGGAGGAGGUCUUCUUCCCCCUGAUAGGAAACAGAAAGUCAACGCCUCCCCCUCCCAUCGCCGCCCGGCACAAGAGGAGCUGCUCCGAGUCCGGCAAGCGCGAUUACGGGUUGCCAACCAGUCCAAGGAUCUACAGCGGCCCAGACUCCUCCUUUAAAAAGUGUGUUCCAUCUUCUCUUCUCGGCUCGCUGAAUGAACGGCCAGAAAGAGGUUUUCGGAGAGCAGACAGCGAGGGUGGCUCCUCCCACUUCCUGCACCCCACCAGGAAAGCCCCGCCCAACGGCUCCCCGACCAAUCGGCGCUCUCAGAGCUUUGAGAAUGAAAGCCGGCGCCCCGCCCCCCAGCCGCUUCCCCGCAGAUCAUUGCCUCGCGGUGCGACCAGCCGCCGGGUGGAGGCGCUGUACGACUGCCAGGCCGACCACCACGACGAGCUGAGUUUCUCCGAGGGACAGGUGCUGGUGGUCCUGGGACAGGAGGACAGCGAUUGGUGGCACGGUUACAUAGAGGAUGAACCCGACCAGAGAGGUCUGUUUCCAUCUUCCUUCGUCCAGCUGCUCUCAGACUGACAUGAAGCUGGUCUGGACCAGACCAGACCAGACCCGGUGCAGACCCUGGACCGGUACAGAUCCAGACCCCAUCAGUCAGCCUGGAGAACCAGAACCUGGAGCUCAGGAGAACCAAACCAGAUCAGUACCGAGCAGCUGAACCCGAGGUCAGACUCUCAGGUCACCGUGCCACUCCUUCUCCCGGGACUGGACUGAUCCGGUCCUGACCAGCGCCAGCAUCCUGCCAGUUCACAUGAUCAGCGGUCCAGCCGCGGUUGGUGUUGUCAUAGCAACCAGCGUUUCUUAUGCCUUCUGUCACCAUGGAAACGUCCCGAAUAACCUUUUUAGUGAAGAGUCUUGACCAGACCAGAUCUUUAUGUAGCCCGGGUCAUUUGAUGAUGUUGCCAUGGAUACCGCCUCGCACAAACACAUCGGCAACAUUUCAAGUCUGAUGUUGAUUUAUUUAUUUUUAAAAUAAUAUUUUAUAAAAUAGAAACACUUCACUAUAAAGUAAAACUAUCCAAUUUUUCUUUUACUUUGAAGUUCAACGGAAGUUCUGUUCUGUAAUAAUUUAUUAUUAUUUGUUUUGUAUUCAAUGUUAUUGAUCUGGUGGAGAUCAAUCAGCACUUCUGUCCCAUCUCAGGCUCCGUCACCUUGGGGAGGCGGGGCUAACAAGCUACAAAAAGUGACCAGAGCACAAAGGAUUGUGGGAUACCGGAAACCAAAGCAUAAAAGAUAAAUGGACCGUACAGCGCUUUUUCUAGUCUUCCGACCACUCGCGCUUUAACACUUCAUGACAUCAUUCACCCAUUCACCCACUGAUGACAGGAGCUACCACACACAGUGGCACCUGCCCAUCAGGAACUAACAUUCACUCAGUGUGGUCACAGCUACAGGAGCACUGCUGGGGCUAAGUGUCUCGCCCAAGCACAGAUCACCAGGUUAGCCGUAAUAGUCACUUGAGUGACAUUAGGGGGCGGAGCCUGAAAUUGGGCAGAGCUGAUGCUUCCAGCGGCCUUAAAACAUCACCACGUCAAAUAACUGCCACGGUUACAAAAAUGUAUUUGCUCAGUUUCUCAUUAAACAAGAUAUUUCUUAA